UGCUACUUUCCCAUGCUUUGUUGAAUUACCUGUAAACGUUCGUUCUUGCUCAGUAUCAGUUGUGUGUUAGUUGUGGCAAAAUGUCGAAUAAACCGCAGCGACUGUUGGAAAAAUAUGACCUGCUGUUGGACCAUUUGGAUUUUGAUUACAUCCGCCGAAGCAACAAUGGCCGCGAGGUGGAAAAUAUCCUAAAAGUGCUACGUUCUGGCGAAGAAGGAUAUUUCCCCCAGCUGACCGCAUACGCCGAAGAGCGGCUGAAAUCGCUCCGUCCGGAGAGCAAGUUACUACGAAAGGAGCAACCGUUAGCCACGCAACAUACCAUGCCGGAAGAGCAAUGGCAAAACAUCACCACAAGGUUAAAUGAGUGGCAAUCCAUGAUGAAAGCAAUCGAAGAAGAUCUACGUUCGAUUCAGGACGAAGUGGAUGAUCCUACAAUGCCGCGCAUCCGAAGCGUUCCUAUGAUUGAUGUGGAACAGGAGAUCCGAGAUUUAUCAAAUGCCUCCCAGUCAAAAUACAUCAAAUAUUGCGAUUAUGACCGAUGGGGCAAGUUUGAUGCGGACACAGAAAUGCUGAAGAUUGAUCUAGACGAGGAACGCCAUCGGGAGAUGGUGCGGAUAAACAACCAGAAGAAUAGUGAAAUACCGAAAAUUGUUGAACUUCCACCACAACCGAAACUGUCUCAGCAGGAAAAGCAAGUGAUUGCGGGAAAGUUGCGGGAAAAGGGUAACGAUUAUUUUCGUGCCAAGGAGUUCACGGAAGCUGUGGAAGAGUAUGACAAGAGUCUGGAAUUGUAUCGAACCGCGGCCUGUUACAACAAUCGUGCUAUUGCAUACAUAAAACUUGAACGCUACACCGAAGCAAUAGCUGAUUGUGAGCAAUGUUUGAAGAUUGAACCCAGCAAUCUAAAGGCACUGCUGAGAAAAGCACAAGCUUUAACAUUGAGCGACAAAAAACGAGAGGCCUACCAGAUCUAUUGUGACGUGCUACGUCUAGAACCAACGAAUUCGAUUGCACUGAACAAUACAGCUAGUUUGCGGCGUCUGCUCACAGAUUUACCGCCACCGAAUGCCGUACGAAUGUCCAUCGAGGAGGUAAGCAAUGCCGGGUCCGACAUUGACUUUCGCCAGCUGGUACGUCCGAAGCGUGUUGUCAAAGACAAGCUUCCGGAUAGCAUUAAACGGCUGCAGAAUGAUACCAUCACCUUAGUACGCCAGCAUGCGGAAACAGUGGCAAAGCGCGAUACCCAAGAGAUAACCUUGUCGGCUGAGGCACCUCAACGCAACACUCCACUAAUCGAAGAAUUAUAGAUCCGAUUGGUUCAUUGCGUAUGAUAACAAAAUCUCACGUAUUUUCUCCUUGCGUCGUAUGAUAAGUUGGAGAGCUAAUUAGUAGUUAAUAAAGGGACAUUGACCUAUACGCGUUUUCCCACGUUUGAAGGC